AUGCCGAGAAAACGGGCAGUCAACGUUUGCGAAUUCUGCCACAAUCAUAAGAUCCGCUGCGAUGUUGAUUCAGCCGGAAUCCCGUGCUCAAAGUGCACAGAGAUUGGCAAGGGCUGCGUAAUUCGAGCCAGGAAACAAUACCGUAGUCGAAAGAGGGCACGACGGCCAAUUGGCACCAGUUCCAACGACGAUGGAGGCCAUGUGACAGCCAGCUCACCACCAUCAUCACGCCCUGAUCCUGUUGAAAUUGUUGCAGCCGCUAUCUUGGAACCAAGUUCAAGAGUUGCACCUAUCUUCGUCGGAGAGGGCGGAUAUGGCGCCAUCCUCGAUGCUAUGGGCGAAACCACGAAUCGCCACUUUCACAUACCCACAACGGCAGAAAAGGCGCUCACUGCCGAAGAUCUUGAGUACCUGAAGAGCAAAGGUUGUUUCACGCUGCCAGCAGAUAGCAAGGAACUUCUCAAAAUGUACUUCGAAUUUGUUCAUCCGUCCUUUCCAGUUGUCGACGGAUCGUUGUUUUUGCAGAACUACGCUGUCGGCGGCCACGAAGGGAUAAAUCUGCUUCUCCUCUGGAGCAUGUUCUCAGUUAGCGCCAGCUAUAGUUCAAUCUCAUCACGAAAAGCGAGAAAAGAAACAUAUGUGCACCGCGCCAAACUGCUGUUCGAUCUCAGCCUAGAGAACGACAAGAUUGUGCUCAUUCAAUCGGCUCUCCUCCUCAGCUUCUGGUUUGCGGACACCGAAGACGUAAAGCAGUCAUGGUACUGGACAGGCAUAGCAUUCAGCAUCGCGCAGACACUUGGCCUUCAUCGUGAAGUUAGGACUAUGCUCUUAGCCUCUGCCCAGUCCGCACAAAAACUCAUCAACUCUGUUCUCAACCCCGCUCCUGGAUCUGAACAUUACUCAUCGUACUCGUCUGAAAUCUACUACAACUAUACACUGUACGGUCAGACACCUGUUGCUUCAACCAACUACGACAGACUCGAAGCAUCCGCAAAGUCACUCCUACCGCCCGCGGCAUACGACUAUGCGCAUGGUGGCGCGGGAUUAGAGACGACCGUUGCGGCGAACAGGAAGGCUUUCGAUCGCUGGCGUGUCCUCCCUCGAAUAAUGAGGGAUAUUCUCCCCUCCCGCAACCUCAGCACCGUUCUCUUCAACCGCACACUCCCCGCCCCCAUCGUCAUGGCCCCCGUUGGAGUUCAAACCCUCUUCCACCCCACCGGCGAACGCGCCACAUCCAAAGUCUUCGGCGAGCUCCAACUCCCCUACACUCUCAGCACAGCAAGCAGCACUGGCUUCGCUUCAGUAGCCGCUUCCAACGGCGCAGAAAACCCCCGUUGGUACCAAUUAUACUGGCCAUCUGACGAUGACCUCACACGCUCGUAUCUCCUCUCCGCCAAACAGAACGGGUACGAGGUCCUCGUCGUGACGGUCGACACAUGGGAUCUGGGUUGGCGAACGCGGGAUCUCGACCGUGGAUUCUUCCCCUUUAUCAACGGCAUAGGCGUGCAAAUCGGUUUGGAGGAUGGGGUUGCGCAUCAGAAACUAGGAUUUGAUCCCCUAGCUGCGAAUGCGACUGCGGAGCAGAAGCAAAUGGCUGCGCUGUAUCAUACUAUUACCACGUCCAGGGGCGUAAGUCCCGUGUGGUCGAACUUGUGGAAGCUGAGGGACGUGUGGGGAGAUGCGCCGAUUCUGCUAAAGGGCGUGCAGAGUGCGGAGGAUGCAAGAGCUGCGCUGGAGUGGGGGCUUGACGGCGUGAUUGUUAGUAAUCAUGGCGGCCGGCAAAUCGAUGGCGCCAUCGCCUCGCUCGAUGCGCUUCCCGCAAUUGUCGACGCGGUAAAGGGAAAGAUGGUGAUUGGCUUUGAUGGCGGGAUCCGUUCAGGCAUCGAUAUCUUCAAAGCCCUUGCUCUGGGCGCAGAUUUUGUCCAGCUUGGCCGCCCGAUUCUCUGGGGUCUCGCCCACCAAGGCGAGAAGGGCGUGAGACACGUGUUAAAGAGUCUGCUUGCCGAAUUUGAGAUCACAGUUGGGUUGGCGGGGUGCGCGAGUUUGAAGGAUGUCAAUGCGAGUUGUCUUGUAGAAAAUAGGUAA